CGAUCGAGGGCCAAUGGGCAGCGGCGCCGGCCGGCGCGCGGGAGAUUCGAACGGCCCAGCCCGGAGCAGCGCGGCCAUCACCGCCAUGGGCGCCGCGGGCAGCGCCCCCGCCACCCCCGCCGCGCCCCGCAACAAGCACCUGGCGCACGUCAGCGACCCCCGCUCCCCCACCGCCGGCAUCCUGCGCACACCCAUCGAGGUGGUGAGCUCCCCGGCGGGCAGCCCGCAGCCCAGCCCCGCCGAGCCGCCAGCGGGCGCGGUCCAGGAGCGGGACCCGCGCUCGCCCACGCCCGGCAUCUCCCGCACGCCCAUGAGAGCCGUGUCGAGUGACAGCGUGGACCGCCUGGUGAAGCAGCUCAGCGAGGCCUUUGGGGCCGAGGCAGCGGCCCCGGAGCCGGCGCCGCCGGGAGCAGCCGAUGCCGCCGAGGAGCCGGCCCGGCGGAGCGCCCUGCCCGCGGUGGGGGAGCUGGAGGGGCCGCUCUCCCCUGGCACGGGCCCUGCUCGGCCCACCCGCCCUGCCGGGCAAGGCCUGUCCUCCGUGAGCAAGCCUGUAAGACACAAGCCCAACAACAAAAUCAUGGCAACAUCUGGAGGAACUGGCCGCUCUCCCCUCAGCAUUCUACGAGAUGAUAAUUCUCCCAGUACUCCUGCCCCUCGCCAGGGCAAGAAGCAUGUGUUGGGAGAGAACCUUGGGGAAAAGAAGGAAGUGACAGUGGACCUGAGCAGGAGCCAUAAAUCUGGGAACUGUGCUUGGAAUGACUUGAACAAAGAGAACCAACAGUGUCCUUUUGUGGAGAACUAGAGAUUUCCCUUUUUAGGAUUUUGCUGUAAUUUUAAUUUUCUGGGGUGGGGGGGGAAAUCCUGCAAUAGACUGAAAUUCUAGAGCAGUGAUCACACUUCUUGUCUAUCCCUGUGGAGAAAGAUCACUCUCUCAUUCUCUCCCCCUUCUAGUUUGCCAUGUCUUAUGUAAAGCACAGACUUUGGCUCUUCUACUGUACAUUGCUGUAUUGAUUUUUCUGUUGAGUUUUUAUCCGUAGUAAAUAAAUUUGUGUGAAGCCUUU